GUGCAGCGAUCAACACCGAUCACAGUGCUCCGGUUGCUCCCCGUACCGGUGGUGCCGAAACGGCCUACUGAAACUGUCCUCUGUGGCCUCAAUUCUGAGGCAUCCGACCAGCGAGAGGAUCGGCUCGCGUUCCUAACCAACCUGACCGUCUCGCACUAGCGCAUUCCAAAUGACAUUCAGAAGGGAUUUGCCUCCCCUGGCUUUCAGUAGGCAUGUUAUAGCUCGCAGUGCGCGUAUGAACAGCCAGCGUGUUUGAGCAAUCUAGGCAGCCAGCCCGUAGUAAGUCCUAACUCGGCGAGUUAACGCAGCGACCGAUCCCUCCUCGUGCAGGCGGCGCAAACCUCUGAUCCGUGCCUACGAUCCAUAGGAGCGAUCCACGAUCCACGAUCCAUAGUUUAGCUACUAAUACGCACGGAGCGAUGGCGAAACGUGCGACGGAUGCAAUCUGAUGCUCUACCUUACUCCUCUUCGAGCUAGUAACCAUCGCGCGGGAUCUCCCUCGCUAACACCAUCAUGACCCUGCCGUCGCCUGUACGGCGCCUUAAACCCUGGACGCCGGUGCGUCUCGUGCAUGAUGUGCCACGUGGAAGUGCCACGUCUCAGCCGAUCACCGCAGAUUCUCGACUCGUGCCGUUAAAUCGACCAGUGACGGAUCGAACUAAACCGAAUCGGCUAUUAUCGGAGCAAAAGCCUUUAUAUUAUAGCCGCACGCGUUCUCAGUUACCCUUGACAGUCCCCUUUAUAUUAUGGGCCCUUCUCCUCCUACCGCUGCUCUCCACCACCCGAUGCUCCGCACUGCGCGCCGAGUCGAGCCCAUUCUUCCCCCGCCGCUCGUCCCUCGCGUGGGCGGCACGUGCGGGGGAACUGGACGGCGGAGGGGGGGAUGGGAGCAGCGGCAACGGGAAAGCGGAAAGCGCGCGGGUAGCAGCGCUUGCGGAAACGAUCGGCGGAGAGGAAAGGGAUGAUCACGCGGAUAACGAUCGCGCGGCAUGGAAGGAGAAAGCGGAGCGGAACGGGGGAGAAGUAGAAAGCGGAGGAGGAAACGGAGGAGCAGAAGGCGAAGGAGGAGGAGGAGGAGGAGGAGAGAAAUACGGAGAGGCGGCUUCAGCGAAGGCAUCUUCUGGUAUUCCUCGACGCGAGACGCAUGACUCACACGAUGCGCCGCUCGCCCAUCCCGAUCGCCGUCGGGCCCUGGCUGUCGGGCUGCCGCGAGUGCACGGUGGAGUGCACGGUGGCCGUGGCCGUGACGGCACGAACGCGGACUUCCUACGCGAGGCGGGCACGCUGCACGUGAAAGGGAUGAUGGCGGCGAGGGGGGACGCCGUGACUGUGGGGGAAGCGGCGGUGGCCGUGGGGGAUGCCGUGGCCGUGGGGCAAGACUUGCAGGCAUCACCGUACGAGAACCCUUCUCCAGUAGUAGCUGAUUCAGCCUCCUCCUCCGCCUCCUCUGCCUCCUCCGCCUCCUCUUCCUCUUUCGCUACCAUCGCCGCAGAACCCCUGUACCCACUCAACCCCCCCGCAACACCGCUCACGGAUAUACUGGCCAAUAGUACGCCCGCUCUCCCCACCAUUCCCCCGCCCUCCCCGCCCGCCCCGCAAUCGGCGGAAAGUUCUCCGCCCGCGGCGGUGGGUUCCGUGCCGGCUUCCCCCCGCCCCCGCAACGAUCUUUCCCCGCCGUCGCGCAGCCCCCCGUUAUUUCCGCCAGCCACUCCCCCUCCUGCCAGCCCUCCGCAAACCCCGCCAUUCCCUCCGCCAGCCACGCCCUCUGUUCCGCCCCCGGCCAUGUCCCCCGGCCCCGCCAAGGGACCCGCCACCGCCCCUGCAGUUACUCCUGCUCCGCCUUCCCUUCCGCCUCCUCUUGCCCCGCCGCCUGCUACUCCCCCUUCGCUUGCGCCUCCUUCGCUUGCGCCUCCUUCGCUUGCGCCCCCUUCGCUUGCGCCCCCUUCGCUUGCGCCCCCUUCGCUUGCGCCCCCUUCGCUUGCGCCCCCUUCGCUUGCGCCCCCUUCGCUUGCGCCCCCUUCGCUUGCGCCCCCUUCGCUUGCGCCCCCUUCGCUUGCGCCCCCUUCGCUCUCUCCUGCCCCGGUGCAGUCACCCACGCAUUCUCCGGCCCUUGCUUCUUCCCCCCCUCCCGCGAUCAUCCCUCCAGACCCCAGACCUUCCCCUCCCUUCUCCGCCUCCCCCGAAUCCCCCCCCUUACCUUACCCCCCAUCCCAGACUUCCCCCUCCCCCUCGUCGUCAUCCUUCCACAUAGGCGAUCUUUCCACGUCAGCAUCUGCCGCCGUCGUGUCAGCAUGUGCUGUCGCCGCGGCAGCCGCGCUUCUCGUCCUCAUUCUCCUCGUAUGCACGCGCUACUCCCGAACCUCCCCCCCCGCUGGUGCGCAUUUCCCCGCGUGGGGGCGGCGGAAAAUCCCGCCAGGCGCCGCAGCAGGUGGCGCAGACAGGACCACCAGCGCUGGCGGCAGUGGCGAAGGCGGUGGUGGUAACGAGGUAACUUCCCCUCGCCACCAUCGCGUGAAGGGGCCCUGGUCGCUGUGCUGCGGGUGCAGGGCCGCCCAGACCACCCCCACCAAUGACUCCCUUCCGCCAAGUCCCUGCGCCUGCUUGGAGGGAUGCGCGCGGAUUGCACUGCAAGGGGACGCGGUGAUUGCCAAGUGCGCGGGGUCCGCGCAUGCCGCCCCUCUCCGCGGGGCGUCCCCCGUCCCCCCCACUACCGACGUGUACCCUGUGCGAUCCCUCUGGUCGGAGUUCAACGAUGCUUCGAACGGGGAGAGUGGGAUUAUUGAGGAGCAUUAUAAGGAGGAUGGCAGCUGCAAGGGAAGGAAUAGUAGUGCGCCUGGAUCAUUCUCCUUCUUCGCUGCGAGCGAGGGCAAAGGCAAGGGCGAGGGUACGCGGUGGCCCCGCGACUUGGCGAUUCUGAGCUGGCUGCUCGGCGGGAAAGCCGCCGCAAAGGGCGCGGAUGGAAAGACCGGGUGCACAGGAGACAGUGGAACGGAUGAGGAAGCUGCUGCUUGCUGCGUGGGAGACCGCAGGGCCAGCUCGGGUGAUCUUUGUGGUUGUGAGAGGGGCGAUGAUGGAAGGGGGGCGACUGAAUACGGGAGGGGUACCAGUGUGGAGGAGGGUCGUAGCGGGAGUGUGGCAGUAGGUUGUACGGGUGCGACACCUUCUGGUGUGUCACCGUCCCGCCUUGCUGGUGCUGGUGCUGAUACAGAGGAUCUCUUUGUGGCCGAGGCGACGUGCUGUGAGACCGGUGGUGCGGACGGGAUGCGGGGGAGGAGGAGCGGCGCUGAGCGGGCGCAGGGGUGCGGGCAGCAGGGGAGGUUCGUGUGCAGCGCUGGCGCUGGGGGGAUCACGAGUGUGCGGUCGGGCAGUGGGAGGAGCUAUUCAAGGCGCACGCUGUCCUUGCUGCCCUUCAUCUCGGUUCCGGUCUGCCACCUGCCGUCGCCGCCCACCACUCCCCGCUCGGCUGCUGCUGCUGCUGCGGCUGCCGCUGCUGCUGCUGGUAGUGGUGCUGGUGCUUCGCUUGCUCCUGCUACGCGUUCUGCGGCUGCUGGUGCUGGUGCUGGUUCUGGUGCUGGUGCUGGUGCUGGUGCUGGUGCUGGUGCUGGUGCUGGUGCUGGUGCUGGUGCUGGUGCUGGUGCUGGUGCUGGUGGUGCUGCUGCGGCUGCGGGUAGCUCCCUGUCAUGGAUGCUGCCCCUGAUGCUCCUGUGGGGGAAAGGGGAGGAGGGAGAGGAGGAGGGGAGCGGGCAGAGAAGGGAUAGGGGAGGAGAGGUGGAGCAGGCGGAAGCUGCGGGUGAAAGGGAGGGAGAGUACGUUGCCGUUGCUAUUGAUUCCGAAGAUGAGGGGGAAGGGGAAGAAGAGGAGGAGGAGGAGGAGGGGGAGGAGGAGGAGGUGGAGGAGGAGGGGGAGGAGGAGGAGGUGGAGGAGGAGGGGGAGGAGGAGGAGGUGGAGGAGGAGGGGGAGGAGGAGGAGGUGGAGGAGGAGGGGGAGGAGGAGGAGGUGGAGGAGGAGGGGGAGGAGGAGGAGGUGGAGGAGGAAGAGGAGGAAGGUGAGGACGACGAAGAAGAGGAGGAGGAGGAAGUAGAUGAGGAGGGAAGGACAAGAGAGAUAGAGCAAGCGGUCAGUAAAAGUAAGGAGAGGGAGCAAGAGUGGCAGCAAGGAGCGGGUGUCCCAGUGAGAAAUGUGCCGCGCACCAGCUCGGCCUGUAGCCCUAGUAGCAACAGUCUAGUAAGCGGCCCUGGUACCAGCAACAUGUUUGGCGGUACGUUCACGAAAGACAGCAGCGUCAGUGGGGACACCAGCAGCAGCGUUACGAUCGCCACAGGUGGUUGUUACGGUGCUGCUCGUGCGGGUAGGCAAGGGAAGGACGGGGAGAGGAGAGGAGUGAGUGCGAGGGGAAGCAGGGGGCGCAGGGAGCUGAGGCGGGGAGAGGAGGGAGGCGCAGAGGGGAGGGGAGAGGAGCGGGUGCGUGUGAUGAGUCUGGCAGAAGUGAUGGCAGCAACUGAUGGGUUUGCAGAGGAGCGGGUGGUGUGUGAGGGGGAGUGCAGUGCGGUGUACAGGGGUGAGUGUCCGGUUACAGGGCAACCGUGGGCCGUGAAACGAGCAAGAAUGGAAAGACUGGGGACGGAAGCAGCAAGCAUGGGAGGAGGAGGGGAAGGAGAGGCAGGGAUGGCAACUCCAGGGAGGGAGGCCGAGGAAGAGGCCAGGCGUGUGACUGUAGAGAGUGUGAGGCUAGAAGAGGAGGUGAGGCGGGUGGCAUGGCUUCACCAUAAGCACAUGGUGCAGUUGGUGGGGUGCUGCGAGGAGCAGGGCGAGAGAAUUCUCAUUUUUGAGUUCCUCGCUGGAGGCACUCUAGCCUCUGUGCUGCAUGGAAACAGGAGUUGCGCUCAGAGCAAACUCAGCAGCACCUCCUCCCCAUCCGCAUCGCUGGCCGGCGUCCCUCCCUCUCCCUCGCUGUCUCUCCGGCAGCGGUUGGAUGUAGCUGUGGGUGUGGCCCAAGCGCUGCAGUACCUGCACACGGCAGCCAGCAAACCCCUGGCGAAUGGGAGGGUGUCCUCUCACCACUGAGCCAUCUGUUUUCUGGGGGUGCUUAUAACGAGUAUGAGGACGUGGACACGGAUGAUGAUGCCAUAGGGCCGCACCUGUGGCUGUCAAGAGAG